CAAGUGCCGGCGUGAAAGAGGUAAAGGCGGCUUUGAAAGCAGCGCGAGACGCAAUUCGACAAAGCGAGUGGAAGGAAGCGUUGAGGCAUUGCAAGGUAGUUCUGAAAUUGGACAAAGCAAACUAUAAUGCUUGGCUUUUUGUCGGAAAAUGUGCUGGUGAAUUAGAGGAGACAGAUCAAGCAAUUACAGCUUUUCGAAAGGCAACAGAAUUGAACGGAGAACAGACAGCAGCGUGGCAGGGUUUGGCUGCAUUGUUCGAAAAACACUCGGAGAAUGACGCUUUUCAAACAGAAUUGAUGGGUGUGUAUGAAAAGUUGCAUUUGCUUUAUGAGAGUGUUGAUGCUGAAAAAUGCAGAAGCAUUGGGCUGAAGAUUGGAACGCUUCUUAAGAAGCAGGGCAAUCUUUUGCAAGCAUCUCUUCAGUUGUUGAGUAAUGCUGGCAAUGGAGAAGAUCGUUUGUCAAUAUUAGAAGAUGCAGUGUUGACACUAAACCAAUUAAAGCAGUUGGAUGAAAAGACUGAGGAUAAGCUAGAAGACACUUUAGUGGAGUUGUGUGGCUCUGAAAGUGGAGACAGGAUGAAACACAGACAUUUAUGUGAACUUUACAGUGAUCGUCUAAUGAGAAGAUGCAAGUCUGCAGAAGUGGCCAGUUAUCAGUCAUUGAAACCAAUCAUUGCACGUCUAAGGCAUCAUUGUGUUAAUGUAUUGCAGCAUUAUGUCGAUUGUGUUUAUUGUAUGAAAGUCUUGUGUGAGCUUGAAAUGAAUGAGAAUAUUUGUACGGUUGACCUGCGCUUUGAAUGCCUUUGUUUGCUUCAAUGUCAACGAAAUAUAUUUGUAGGUGUAAGUUCUCUUCCUGACUCUGUGGAGUCUCUUUAUCAUCAACUGUAUGAAUUGUCACCAAAUAGCUGCACAUCUCUUGCUUCUAAGGGACAUGAGGCUUUGCUUAGUAGACAGCUGCUACAAGCUAAAGAUUUUCUUGUCAAAGCCGCUUCAUCUGGCAGUGUGAUUAUUGAGGGUUUUCUUCUUCUCUCUUGGUGCUAUUUAUUGCUUCAUGAUUACAGCUCAGCUCUUAAAGUAGCUAACAAAGGAAUCAAGUUAUGCUCUUGCUCCCUCUUUUACAAAACUGUUUUACAAGAAUUGCACAAAUGUGCACUCAAGUGCUACUUAAAGAAAGGCUGCUCAGCACCAGCAAGACGUUUGUUAGAUGAAGGUCUGAAUGAACAAUUGGAUGGUGCAAUUGUUACAGUGUUUCAAGCAAAGUGUUGCUUGUUGGAUGGUGAGAUGGACAAGGCACAGCAGAUGUGUGAAGAACAUUUGUCAACUGAUGAGUCUUGCCACGAGAUGUGGGCCUGUUUAGGAGAAGUACAGUUUGAGUGUGGACAUUUUCAGGCUGCUGUGACAAGUUUGACAAAGGCAGUGAACAUCUGCGUGGAUUGCGGUGACUAUCACCUCUUGUUGGGAAAAGUUUUGUGGAAGAUGGGAGGAGAGGCAACGAGAGACAGAUCAAACUGCUUUGCUCACUUUUUGAAGGCUGCUAAACUGGAUCCUUUCAGUUCAGAGUCAUUUAUGUACUUGGGACACUACUAUCAAACUGUUCUUCAAGAUUACAGCAAAUGUCGACGGUGCUAUCAGAAAGCAAUUGAUCUUAAUCCAUCUCUCUCUGAAGCUGGUGUCGCAUUUAGUGAUGUGUGUUUAGCAAUGGGAGAUGACAGUGCUGCAUUUGCUCUGUAUCAACAAGUUACUACAAAUGCCUCUAUGGAAGAUGCCAAGUGGGCAUGGCUUCGUCUAGGUUUGUCUCAGUUAGACAGAGGUGAAAUUGGUGAAGCAAUUAGCAGUUUCCGGACUGUUGUCAAAGCUGAUCCCGAAGACAGGCAAGGCUGGGAAUGUCUAGGGGAUGCCUACCUUCAACGUGGUGGAUACAUUGCUGCUCUAAAAGCUUUUACUCGGGCUGCUCAGUUGGAUGAGACUUCUGUUUACUGUGUCUACAGGAUUGCUGCCAUUAAGCAAGCCGUUGGAUUGUUAAAUAAUGCUGUAGAUGAGUAUGAAAUAAUCUUGAAACAGAAUUCCAAUUAUGUACCAGCUCUGAAAGGUGCAGCAGAAAGUUUAUUGACUGAGGCCAGGAACUUAUUGAAAAAGGGUUUUAGUGGUCGAGCAGUUGAUUGUGUGUCUAACUCUUUGCAAUAUUUGGGAAGGGCUGUUGCUGUUCAACCAGGAUUUGUUUGUUUGUGGAAGUUGAUUGGUGAUUGCUGUAUGUCUCUUCAGUCUGUUGCAGCAGAGAGAAUAAGCAUUGUACUUCCCAAAGUUUUACGUUCUGACAACUCAUGUGAGAAAGCAACUUCAAUCAAAGAAGAGAUUUUAAACCUUUCUACCAGAGCAUACGGUCAAGCUCUUCGUCUGGCUCCAACUUCACCUAGCAUAUGGCAUGACCUUGCUAUCAGCUUUAUUGCUUUAUCAAAGUGCACAAGUGACAGUGGCAGAGAAGACUUUGUUAUGAAGGCCAUAGAAUCAUUGAAAAAGGCUGUGAGUUUGAGCAGUAACAACUAUUAUUAUUGGAAUGCACUGGGAGUUGUAUGUUGUUUAUCAGGUGUAUGUGACACUGCAUUGGCUCAACAUUGCUUUGUCAGAUCUUUGCAACUGAACUCUGCCAAUGCCACUACAUGGAGCAACCUUGGGACAUUGUAUCUUACAAAAGGAAGGAAAGAUCUUGCUCAUGAGGCUUUCAAAAAUGCCCAGUCAGCUAGUCCAGAGAGUGUGUAUGCAUGGAUUGGGCAGGCUUUGAUUGCUGAAAGUCUUGGUGAUGAUGAAGCUCCUGACUUGUUCAGGCAUUCAACAGAACUCGCUAUUCAUUCUGAGGGAAUGAAAGGGUUUGCAUACUGGGUUUGUUCGAAUAUUUCUGGGGAAAUGUGGAAAGAUGAAUUGGGUUAUGGUUUUAUGCAAUUUGAUGACAACACAAACAGACUCGUGUUGAAGGCUUCUGAUUGUCUGGCAAAAUAUACAGAUUUUAUACGAGAUGACCCUUGUAUAUACACUCUUUAUGGUUUGCUACUUGAACUACAGGGUUUGUGGUAUGAAGCUGAACAAGCACAUUGCAGAGCUUUGAAUUUAAUAACUCAAUCAGGUGACAUGCACAACGUGAGCAUAGUUAGGAACAACUAUGCUCGAGUUUUGAGUUGUCUUGGUCGUCAUGUAGAGAGUGUGGCACUGUUUAUGGCAUCAAGUCAGCUUACUGAUUUCCAUGAUCUUUGUCUACUUGGACUGGCAUUAUAUAAGUCUAAUCGAUUGACAGACAGUUAUCAAGUGUAUGAACAGUGCAUUGAAGUGUCACCAACUGCAGCUCAUAAGUCGUGUGUUUAUGCUUCGCUUGGCAUGGUGGCAUAUGCUCUUAUGCAGCCAACAAAGUCAAAAGCUUUCUUCUUUAAGAGCUCUCAGACUGUUCCUCCUUCUCCGCAUGGAAUCAUGGCUCUUUGUGCUUUGGGGCUUGUCACUAGUGAUGCAACUUUGGCAUUUGCUGCUGUGACUGAACUUCUAAAGUUGGAGGACUCUGCUAAUGAUGCUUUGAUAUGCGACAUUGUUUCCAUGUAUACGCAAGUUUACUUGUUUGAGGGUCAGAUCACAAAAGCCAAGAUGUAUUUAGUCAGAGCGAUCCACAAGUAUCCAGCCAAAGCAGAUCUUUGGAAGCAAUUGGCAGAGUUUCUCAUUCAGUACAAGCCAGAGUAUUCACAGGUUGCUAGUACGUGUGCUCAGGCUUCAUGGAAAUUGAGUUGUCAAGUGUCAGUGACUGUUCCUAUGUUGAUGGCUGCUGGAGCAGUAGCCUGUGGUAAUCGAUUGACCUCUUUGUUAUCAUGGGAUAUUGCUGCUUUCAGAGCUGCCCAGAAAGCUGUUCAUGCUGUUCCGUUUAAUGUCCAAUCAUGGGCGAUUGCUGCAGCAUCAAGUCUCUCUAGUUGUUUAGCAUCACAGUCAGUGUCAUCUAUCAAGUAUGGAUCACAGUCUGUUAGAUUGGCACAGAUGCUGUUAGCAAAGGUGGAAUUGGACUGCAAAGAAUUAGAAAAGAGUGUUGCUUGCGACAUUCCAGCUCGAAUCAAGAGUCAGUAUGAGAAGUUGCAGCUACUCCAGUGCUGGGCAUCUGAGCAGCAGAUUGCAAGUUUUCUGUUUACUGGCCAUAUUCAGCAAGCAGCCAGUUUUAGCCAUCAGGCUAUGCAGGCAUUGUCUCAACAUCAAGUGGUCGAAUCUCUUAGAAUGUGGUUGUUUUAUGCUCGGGUUUUGUCUAGUGCCGAGAUAGGAAGUAAUCUCUCUGACUCUUUACAGCAGUUUUGCAACGUUGUUGCUAAAUCAAAGACAUCGUUAAUGUGGCCAUGGAAGGCUCUGGCACAUUUGUAUUUAUGUCUUGGAAAACCUGUGGCUGCUACUUUAUGUUUGCAACAGUGCAAACAGCUUGCACGUGGAAAUUGGGACCACAGUGAGGCAAUGUUGUCAUUCGUGUCAUGGCUGUCUACUGUCUUGUGUCUAGCAAAUCCUAAUGAUGAGGAAUGUGGUUGGGCAUCAGUAGCUAAUGAGACGAGUCUCAAAUUGCUCAAACUAUGUCAACGGAUAAUGUCAUCUAGUGAUUUGGCACAGUUGAUUCAGUCUAUUCUUCACAUGCAUGGCAAGAAUGCAAGAGCUGCUAGGCGACAUUUGGAGCAACUAAUGCUAAAACAAAAACAUGUUUCUCCUUUCAUUUUGCCUUGUGUUCAAUUUCAGUUGGGUAGGCUGGAGGCCAAAAAGUAGCUGUGAGCAGACACUUAACUGUAGCCUGCAGGCUGCCUUGUAGACUAAUCACCAUGCAAGUUUGAUAACAGAUUAGUACGUACUGUGAUAUAUGUAACUAACUGAUUUGUUGAGUAUAAAUGCCCCCUAGUACGUACAUUCAGUACAACAGUUUUGUA